AUGGCGGCUUCCAGGCGUCUUCGGGAGCUCCAAUCGCAACCAGCCAAUAAGAUCUGCGUCGACUGUUCCCAAAAGAACCCACAAUGGGCUUCUGUAUCUUACGGUGUCUUCAUGUGUUUAGAGUGCUCCGGCAAACAUCGUGGCCUCGGUGUCCACAUCUCCUUCGUCCGAUCCGUCACCAUGGAUUCCUGGUCAGAGAUCCAGAUUAAGAAGAUGGAAUCCGGCGGAAAUGACAAGCUCAAUGCCUUCUUAGCUCAAUACGGUAUACCUAAAGAAACAGAUAUCGUCGCCAAGUACAACACUAACGCCGCUACUGUUUAUCGUGAUCGGAUCCAAGCACUAGCGGAGGGUCGGUCUUGGAGGGACCCGGCGGUCGUUAAAGAAACUAUUGGUAGCAAGAGAAGGCCCCCGCUGGCUCAAUCUGGAGCUGCUGGUGGCAGAAAUGGUAAUUCUGGUAGUAAUGGAGGGUGGGACAAUUGGGAUAAUGAUGAUUCCUUUAGAUAUUCUUCUAAUGAUGUAAGGAGGAAUCAAUCGGUUAGCGAUUUUAGGGGGGUAAUACUGGUGGUGGUGGUGGAAUGGGAGGGAUGCCUAAGAAUGGCAGAGAAUGAGUCGAAACCUGAUGGGAUUCCCCCUUCACAAGGUGGAAAGUAUGUGGGAUUUGGAUCCAGUCCUACAUCUACACAGAGGAAUAAUAAUUCGCAACAUGAUGUUCUCUCUGUUGUGUCACAGGGAUUUGGUAGGUUAUCUAUGGUGGCUGCAUCUGCGGCUCAGUCAGCUGCCAAUGUUGUCCAAGCGGGCACAAAAGAGAUAACUUCCAAGGAUUGCUAUGAAGCAAUGCAGUAUCAAAUUUG